AUGUGGGAAAAGUUUUUACGCAGAAUUCAGAACUCAUUACACAUCAAAGAGCUCACACGGGGGAGAAGCCAUUUUACUGCCCUGAGUGCGGAAAAUCUUUUUCACAGAAGACGAAUCUUUCCAAACAUCAGAGAUUGCACACGGGCGAGAAGCCGUAUUCCUGCUCUGAGUGUGGGAGAUGCUUUUCACAGAAAUCAGAACUUGUUAAACAUCAGAGAUCUCACACAGGGGAGAAGCCGUAUUCCUGCAAUGAGUGCGGGAAAUGUUUUACACGUAAGGCAAAUCUUAAGGAACAUCAGAUGUGCCACACGCAGGAAAGGCUGUUUUCCUGCUCUGAGUGUGGGAAAUGUUAUCCACGGAAAUCAGAGCUUGUCAAACAUCAAAGAUCUCACAGAGAGGAGAAGCCAUAGUCCUGCCCUGAGUGCGGGAAAUGUUUUACACAAAAGUCUUGUGUUACCAAACAUCAGAGAACCCACGCAACCCUUGAGGUGUAUUAGUGUCCUGAGUGCAGGAAAUGUCUUCUAUAUGGGUGAUAUGUUGCCGUACAUCAGAGAUCCCACACAACCCUUGAGGUGUAUUAGUGUCCUGAGUGCGGGAAGUGUCUUCCAUAUGGAUCAUAUGUUGCCGUACAUCAGAGAUCUCACACUGGGAAGAAGCACACCUUGA